AUGAGGCCUUGUCCAGGGUUAUUUCUGUGGCUGGUCGUUGUGAUAACACUGAGCGCUUUGCAAGCAGUCCGCGGACAGGGCCUCGUGCUUCCGGGCACUAACUUGUGCCUAUUCACUGACGAGGAUACCUGCCAAAAGUCGCAGCAGUGCAGCUGGGUAACAGAGUGCGAGCCUUUGAACGAUCCCUGCAAGUCAUACUCGAACAAGGGCUCGUGCAACCUGUGCCAUGGAUGUGUCUGGGACCAGUUUACACACCCGACCAUCGGCAACUUCUCGUACGGCACAUGCUCAAGCAUUAGCUGCCAGCUCCCCAGCUACGGCGACCGCUCGACGCUCGCGUGCCUCGCUCUGGGGGGCAAGGACGGCGCGUGCCACAUGACCGGUAAAUGCGUGUACAACGGCUGUUCGGACGCGUCGGACCAGUGCUGCGGAGUGGACAACUCCGGACGGUGCGGCGGCAUCCCAAAUUGUAACUGGGAGUCGCUCUGCGUGUUGCGAAAUGACACUUGCGCCGGAGUAGUGAGCCAGACCCAGUGCGACAACACGAUUGGGUGUCAAUGGCGGAACAGCGCCGGGCACGGCGCAGACUCGGGCUACUGCUUCAACGUUGCAAAUCCGUGCGGCAUCGAGCGGCGCGACCCGACCGCGUGCGCCGCGGUGGCUGACGUCAGCGGCGCGCCGCUGUGCCGCUCAGAGUACUUUUGCAACAGUAACCGGUGCAACCACGCCUUCGAAUGCUGCACCGUCGAUCAGCCCGCCACGUGUAACGCGGUGACGAACGGGACGUGCUACUGGAAGUCGUACUGCCUCGAAGUGUGGGACCCGUGCUGGGCCCACGACCGGACGAGCUGCUCCCAGACUGCCACGUGUCACUGGCAGCUGAGCCACGUCAACGCCACUCUCGGCGGCGUCUGCGCGAGCGUGUCCGCGGUUUGCCCUUUGGAGUUGGACGACCCGGCUCAGUGCAACGCCCUGGUUGAUCCGUCCACCGGGCGCCAGAUGUGCCGGUCUCAGGGGGCGUGCAACCACGACGAAUGCUACGAGGGGGACAAGUGCUGCGGCGUCCACGAUGAGGACACGUGUACAGCCAGGGGGAGCUGUGACUGGAACCCGUACUGCGAGCUGAUCAUUGAUCCGUGCUGGCUAGGGUCGUUCAGCCGGCCGGAGUGCGUUGCUUUGGAGGGGUGCUCUUGGCGGCCGCUAGCGGGCGGGGGCGGCGAUUGCAUGAGCACGGUCAGCCCGUGCUGGGACGGAAACGCCAACGAGCGCGCGUGCAACAACAUUACGGACGCGCUCGGGACGCGGCUCUGCCGCUACGAGGGCAGCUGUAGCGAGACGACCUGCCAGGAUGACGACACGUGUUGCCCCCUCAGCGCGCCAACGGAGUGUAAUGCGGAGGACGCGUGCGUGUGGGAGACGUACUGCAGCCUGCGAUACGACUUUUGCGCCAACUGGAAAACCAAAGCCGACUGCUCCGCCAUUGCCACGUGUCUCUGGGAAGGCUCCCCGAUCAAUGGCUCGCACGCCGGCCACUGCUUCACCGGCAACAACGCGUGCCGCCUGGGUGACGACGACCCUGACGUAUGCACCGCGAUCGUCGACGGGUUUACGGGCGAGCCGCUGUGCCACGUGGCGGGCCACUGUAUCUUCGACCACUGCGACCCGCACGAUCAGUGCUGUUACCAGCACAAUCAAGUGGACUGUGCGGCUGCGGGAACGCAGUGCUCGUGGGCGCCUCAGUGCAACCUGCGGUGGGAUCCUUGCUGGGACUUACUAGAUGAUAGCGCGUGCGCGCUCGCUCCGUCGUGCCACUGGCUGGCGGAUCUGCGGGGGAACGGAACCGUGGCAGGGGGUUGCUAUUCAAUUUCCAACCCGUGCUCCGUGGCGAACUCCGACGCGCGCGUGUGCGCGAACCUGGCUUCCGGUCCGUUUCCGCUGUGCCGCGCGUCCGGAUCCUGCUACAACAGCGGGUGCAAGCCGGGGGACAUCUGCUGCGGCCCGCAGAACGAGGCGGACUGCGUCGCGCGGUCGCCGCAGUGCGUUUUCGACGACUCGUGCGAGAUCAAAACCGACCCCUGCCAUGGCGUCACCACCAGGAACGCGUGCCUUUCCACCGGGCCGUGUGCCUGGGACGACAGCUACGCUUACUGCCAUUACGCCAACAACCCGUGCGUCGCCGGGGGAUCCCCCGAUGUCUGUGGGCGGAUCACGGACCUCUCAACCGGGGCGAGUUUGUGCCAGUGGCGGACUGCCUGCAUGGAGCGCCCGGGUUGCUCGGGGGGCACGUGUCCCCCGGCCAUCAGCCCGUGCGAUGAUGGCGUGUAUUACGUUUGCCACGAGUCCGAGCUGCGCGCCGCCCUCGGCACCGCGACCCACAUCGUAAUUGUGUGCGACAUCCAGCUCAGCGGACCGUUACCGCCCAUCGCAACCUUUAUCAACAUCACCGGCAAGUACAUGACCCCCCCGUGCCGCCAGCCCUCACCCAGUCCAUACGCGCUCCCCCCCCCUGCGAAACCCUCCCCUUCGUCUUCCCCCGCCCCCUCCGCCUCUUCACAACCGUCGCCGAGCGCUUCCCCGGAACCGUCGCCCGGAGCCCUCGCCGUCGACGUCAGCAUCCCCGUCAGCAUUCCCGUCAGCAUCUCCGUCAGCAUUGGCGUCAGCAUCUUCGUCAGCAUCCCCGUCAGCAUCCACGUCAGCAUCUCCGGUUCCCUCCUCCUCUCCCUCCCCUUCGAGCUCCCCCCAACCGUCUCAAAGCGCGGGCGCCUCUCCUUCUGUCUCCCCCUCCACGUCAGCACAGCCGUCCACGUCACCCCAGGCGUCAGCUUCGACGUCACCCCAGCCGUCAGCUUCCUCGUCAGCACAACCCUCCGUCUCGGCGUCCCCUCAGCCGUCAGCUUCGACGUCAGCGCAACCGUCAGCUUCGACGUCAGCGCAGCCGUCAGCUUCGACGUCAGCGCAACCGUCAGCUUCGACGUCAGCCCAACCAUCCCCUUCGACGUCAGCACAAGCAUCCCCCUCGACGUCAGCACAGCCGUCACCCUCAACGUCAGCACAGCCGUUACCCUCAACGUCAGCACAGCCGUCGCCAUCGACGUCAGCGCAGCCUUCACCCUCUACGUCGGCGCAGCCGUCACCCUCGACGUCAUCUCAGCCGUCCGCUUCUCCCCCCACGAGCGCCAGCCCCUCUCCGAAGACGUCAGCAAGCCCGUCCCCCUCGCCUUCCGCUCCGUCCCCUUCGCUUCCGCCGCGGACUCCGAACGGAAACGGCUCUUCGGACAAUGCGCUGGCGUUGACCGGAAGCGGGAACCCGCAAAUCUCGGGGGCGGGUCUUUUCAACAUCAUCACGGUUGUGAAUGGGAGCAUCAACCUGUCUGGGUUGGAGUUGACUGGGGCGGCGGAUCCGGAAGCUUCAGCAACGUGGUGUUUUCCAACAACAACGCUGGAGCCUCUGGGGCAGCAGUGUUCAUCAACAACGGCAACGGCGACUUCUCUGACUGCGUUUUCGUCAAUAACACUGCCAUGGAUUCCGGGGGUGCUGUGUACGUGCACGGAACCACGACCUUCCAGCAGACCCAGUUUGUAGGCAACGCCGCUAACCAAUCCGGGGGCGCCAUCAUUCUUGAUCAGCAGUCGGGGUCCAGCUUCGUGGGCUGCUCUUUCCAGGACAACUCUGCGCUUGACAGCGGCGGCGCAAUUCACGUGGACCACACGAGUACCGUCAACUCUACAUAUACGCAGUUUUUGAACAACAACGCCAGCACCGGCGGUGAUCUGUACAACCGCGGGUAUCGAGACUCCCAGUACUCCGGCCAGCUCCAGUUCUGCCCGGCGGACGUGGGCGCGCAGAUCUCUGGAGCGCUAUCCACCGUCUUCCCCACAGAUUGCGCCCCCCCGGUCAUCCCCAUCGGUAGAGGCAUAUAUAUCGUCUCUACGCCCGCCCAGCUGGCAUACGCUAUCAACCAGAGCGCCGCCGACAUCCUGCUCGUCAGCGACGUCACCCUCUUCGCGCCUCUCCCAAUCAUCACCAGUGACGUCACCAUUCACGGUCUCUGGCCGGACUGGCCCAACCCCCCCCUCGCCGCGCGCAUCAGGAUCUCCGGGCUCAACACUUUCCGCAUUUUCUACGUUCGGGGGGCAAAGUUAACCGUGGCUAACCUGGAUUUGUACGGGGGGUAUUCCGGGGAUAACGGCGGCGCGGUUUACAUCGAAAACCUGGGCGCGUCAACAGGCAGCGGCGAGUUUACGAACGUGGGUUUCGUGCAGAACUCUGCGUUAGGAAACGGGUCCGCGGUUUACAUGGUUGAUGGGAACGCCGCAUUCGAAAGCUGCGACUUCGUUCUGAACGCUGCGUCUGGUUCCGGCGGCGCCGUUUGGGUUUACGGCAUGACCACGUUUCUGUUCUGCCGGUUUGUGGGGAACACGGCGCAGAACGCGGGGGGCGCGGUCGUGGUUCCGCAAUUCGCGGAGGCGGGUUUCGCAUUCACCCAGUUGAGAAACAACACGUGUCUGGGAGGCCCCGGCGGCGCGGUGUAUGGCGAGCUCUCCAGCCAAAGCGGCUUCAACAAUUGCACCUUCGCCGGAAACAGGGCCUCAAACGCAACGGGCCCGGACCUGUUUCUCGUCGACUCGCCUUCGGAGGAUCAGCUCGGGCGCAUGGAGCUGUGCCCGCUGACGUGUCGCCCCGUGAUUGGCGGAGCGGUCGCCAAGAUCCUGACGAAAGCGUGCGGGAUCGCGGUGGCCCAAAUCGACGGCGUGUACUACGUCACUUCCGAGACGGACUUCGUUUCCGCCCUCAACAACAACGCGAAGAAAGUCGUCAUCACGUCCAACGUCCAGCUCAGCGGACCGCUGCCGACGGUCACCGCUGACGUCAUCGUGACCGGGGCGCCCAACCCGGCCGCGUCCGACGGCAAGUUCGUCCUGCUGGCGGCGCCCGGUUACGGCAUUUUCCGCGCGCUCGGGGCUGACGUCAGCAUCGCGAACCUGACCCUGACGGGGGGGCUCAGCAACUCCACCGGGGGUGCUGUUUCCAUCACCGACGGCUGGGGCACGUUCGCUGACGUCACCUUCUCGUAUAGCAGUGCGCGGCUAUACGGGGGGGCCGUUUACGUGACAGACGGGGGAGCGGAUUUCGUGGGCUGCGUUUUUGCGAACAACACCGCAGGCAUUUCCGGGGGGGCUGUUUUCAUCGACGGGCUCGCGACCUUCCAGGGGUGUGCGUUCAGUGGCAACUGGGGGGGGAGUUCCGGGGGCGCGGUUACGGUUCCAACGGGCAGUUUAGCGCAGGUUAGCGGGUCUCAGUUCACCGGUAACUACGCGGCAAACGUUUCGGGGGGGGCGGUUCUUGCGCAGACUUCCAGUUAUGUUUUCAUCGAGUCGAGCACGUUCUGGGGCAACGCGGCAGCGAGCACCGGGGGCGGGUUGCAAGUUAACCCAGGGGGUCACGUCCGGGUUAGCAACUCGACUUUUGGUAACAACACCAUAAGCCAAGUCGGCCCGGGGAAGGGCGGGUUAAGCAAUGACCUGCGUAGUGACGCGGGGUCAACACAAACCGUCCAGGCGCUUCUUUGCGCCUGUUCCGCAAAUCUCACCUUCGACGGGGCAACCGCGAGCGUUUCAGUGCUUGCCACGUGUCCAAGCUCAGUCCUGCCACGCCGGUUGGACGGCGCCUACCAGGUCGCGUCUGACUGGGAGCUGCGGACGGCAAUCGCUUAUGCGAACGUCCGGAACGGAACGGACACGAUCGUCGUGACUGCAGACAUCGUCUUGCAGGGCCCGUUACCCGCAAUCACGAACAGUGUCCAAAUCGUCGGUGUGAAUAUCUCCACCCAAGCCGGGCCGGUUCGGCCCGUCUCCGUUUCCGGCAACGGCUUGUACCGAAUUUUCACCGUUCGAGGAAUUCCGUUCUUCCUGGACACUCUGAUUCUUGCGGACGGCAAGGCGUUCCGCGGAUCCGCUCUUUAUGCUAAGAGCGGCACCGGAACGCUCCGAAACGUGGUCUUCUUUGACGGACGGUCGACGUACAACGGGGGCGCCGUCGAAGUGCGUUACGGCCGGCUACAGCUGUGGUCCUGCCUGUUUGACGGUAACACUGCUGGGGUUUACGGUGGCGCCCUUUUCGCCGAACGGUCAAUCGUCAGCGGUUCGGACUGCGAGUUUUCCUCGAACCGGGCUGGGGACUCCGGGGGUGGUUUUGCGGGGCACGAUUCCAGCUCUGCGCAAUUCGCUACCACUUUCUUCACCAACAACACGGCGCAACUUUUCGGGGGGGGCCUGAGCAUUGGCUACAAAAGCAACGCAAAGCUGACGCGAAGCACGUUCAGCCUGAACGUCGCGUUCGAAAGCGGGGCCGACUUCUACGCUCGAGAUUUCCCCGGGACUGCAUCCGACGGUGGCGUUGAUUACUGCCCGGCGACGACUUCUCUCAAAUACGGGGGGGCGGUUUAUAGAGUGUUCAGGGACAGCUGCGACCCCCCCCCGCCGGUCCUCCCGUCCGGAGGGACGUUCCUCAUCACCACCGAGGCCCAGCUGCGAUACGCUCUGGCGAACGGCCAAUACGAUAUCGUCCUCGAGACGGAUAUCGCGAUGCAGUUGGGGCCGUUGCCGACCGUUACCGCAAACCUGGUUCUGUCAGGCAGCCCCGACUUUUCGCACUCGAUGGGCCGCCCCCCUAUGAUAAGCGCCGGGUACUCCAGCCAGAUUCUCACCAUUUCGGGGGGAACCGUUUUAAUCACCGGGCUGGAGUUCAACGCAGGAAACAGCACCGAGGAGGGGGGAGCCGUGCGGGUGAUUGGCGGUGCGACAGUGACGUUCCGUGAGGUCAUCUUCUCAGAGAAUCUGGCGUGGGAGAGCGGAGGCGCAGUCUUCGUUGACAACGACGGGAAAACUUCGGCGGACUUCAUGUCGUGCGUCUUCUUCAACAACACCGCCUUCGAACUAGGAGGGGCGGUUUUCGCGGAGGGCAACGUUAACCUGACGGACUGCUCGUUCCAGAACAACACGGCGGCCAUCGCGGGCGGCGCGGCCGCGCUGGCGGUGACGUCAGUCGGGGACUUCUUCGAGUGCUCGUUUGUGGGGAAUACGGCCUACGACAAGGGAGGUGCCAUUUACGUCGAUCCCCGGGCAACUGUCAUCCUUUCCGCCUGCACAUUCGCUUACGAUUCCGCCCAUUGCGUGCUCGGAGGAGACGAUCUUUUCCUCCGGGGACUCCUCCUUCCGGUCUACGGUUCCGUUGGAGUGGCCGGAACAGCCUUCAUCUGCCCCAACCCGAGCACUCUCAAAGUGGCUGGUUCAUCGCUCAAUCUAGUUUUCCGAGACUGCCCCCCCCCGGUGAUCCCUUUCGUGAGCGGUGCGUUCCGCGUCAGCACCGAAGCCCAGCUCCGGUACGCAAUGAGCCAGGGCGACUGGAUCAUACUGGACGCUGACGUCGUGCUGACGUCGCCCCUGCCCGUGGUGCGGUCGCAGCUGCGCCUGACGGGUGGCGCCUGCUCGGCCCCAAGGAACGGCACGUGCCGCUUCUCGAUCUCGGGCGGGAACGCCUUCCGGAUUUUCCGGGUGCAGAGCAGCGAGCUGUGGCUGGAGAACCUCUUGCUGGUCGGCGGCUGGGGGCAGCCCACGAUCGGCCACGUGGCGGACUCCGACGGCAGCGGCGGCGCGGUCUCGCUAACCAACUCGGUUGGCACCUUCGUCAACGUGGUUUUCGCUAACCACAAUGCGACAGGAAACGGGGGCGCCGUUUUCGCGACCGGCGGAAGCGUCAACUUCGCCCGGUGCCUAUUCACCGGGAACAAGGCGGGGGCUUCAGGGGGCGCGCUUUACCUUGACAGCGUGAUAACCAUGGUUAACUGCACGGUUACGAAGAACACGGCCGGUGGGGACGGAGGCGCUGUUUCGCUGGCGGUGUCUUCUACCGGGCACUUUUCCGGCUGCUUGUUCGACUCGAACGUGGCUGGCCUGACGGCCGGGGCAAUUUACACCGGGCCGAAAGCGACCUCCCGGUUUGACCUGUGUGCGUUUACAAACAACGUGGCGCAAGAUGGGCUGGACAUGUAUAUCAAGGCCUUCAACAUUCCGGGCUCCAACACCAGCAACGGAAUCGCGACCUACUGCCCCCUCCCCAAGUCCUUCCCCCCGCUCUACUCCGGCGCGCGUCUCCUGAUCGACGCCCUCUGCGGCACCGAUUUGUGCGCGGGAUUCUCCGCGACCUCGCCCACUUUCUGCGCGCCCGGCUCGCUCGACUCCACCCAGAACUGCUUCUGCCGGGGCAACUCCGACUGCGCGAGGUCCCAAACUUGCAGCGCGUUUUUCGCGGGCGGGAACUGCACGCGCGAGUGCGCCUGCGACCCGCUCACGGGGACGCGUGGCUGCUCCUCCGCGUGCCUCGGCACGUGCGUCAAUAACUGCGACACGUGGGCGGCUGCCGGCGGGGCGAGCCAAGGCGUCCCGGCAGCGUCCGCGUGUGGGACGAGUGCGGACUGUCCGGUGAAUCGAAUCUGUGCUCCCGUUCCGGGGGGGUGCAAAGUCUGCUCUUGUGACCGGGGGACGGGAGUGGCGGGAUGCAUGCCGUGUGGGGGCACGUGCCAGGCGGUCAAGCCGUUCAUGACAGGGGCAAAGAUGAGCAGCGACUGCAAGAGCGUUCUGGUCAGCCUUAACUCCAUGCCCGACCCGAAUCUGAGCGGGUCCGGCUGCGCCCUCAUCUUCGCAAUCGCCACCCGCAACCUCCUCGGAUCUGGCGCGGUCUGCACCAUAACCAGCACCACGGUUACUGUAACCCUGGGCACAUCCGCCACUCUAGUUCCCGGCAACACGAUCGCGCUCCUCGCGAACGGCCUCAUCCAGGCCGGGACCGGCACUCCUUUCGACGAAAACGUCACUGUAACGGUUGACUGGCCCGACAACCCACCGUUACCGAUCGCCGUUAUAAGCGGCCCCACUCUAGUUGGCGCGCGCUGCGCGGCCGUUAAUGCGGCGACCGCGGUCGUUUUGGACGCGUCCCUCUCGAGCGACCCGUCCGGGCGUCCGCUCGGGAAGUACUACUGGACGCUCGCGAGCGCGCCCGAUGUCGUGUCGCUGAUGUCAGCGCAUGAUGAGGUGGCGGCGCAGCAAGGGGCCACGCAGCUGUGGCUGGACAGCCGGGACUUGGGCCCCGGGAACUACACGGUGGCGCUGACAGUUGCGAGCUUCCUUGGUCAGAUGACCAACACCAGUUGGACGUUUACCCGCACGGCCGACCCGAUCCCGGUUAUGAGCGUGGUCGGGGCUAACCCCCGGUCGAUCAAGCUACCGGUCGCAACGAUUCUCCAGACCGCGGUGGUCUACGCGCCACUCUGCGGAGCCGCGUCGCAGCUCACGUAUCAGUGGACCUUCGUCAACGGGUCGACGAACUUCUCAAUGGAUGGGCUCAAGACCAACCUCAAAGACCUUGUUAUCCCGGCCAACACCCCCGGCGUAACGCCUGGCCGCAAGUACAGCCUCGCGUUACAGGCCAGGGUCGUUGACACCACGCUGGGUCCCCAGUUCGACGACCCGAUUGGCUACGCUUACGUCGAUCUAGUCGUCGUCCCGAGUGACGUCACUGCUGUCGUCAGAGGAGGGUCACGUGACGCGGUGGAUAGCGAAGCACUCGUGCUGAUUGUGGACGCUUCCGAUCCGGACGAUCCCCUAAAUCUUCUUGAAGCCUUCAAGAUCUUCUGGCGGUGCGUUGACAGCAGCGGGGGCGACUGCUUCCGUAACGCCAACGCCACGUCACCAGACGCUUCGUCGGUAGUUUUCACCGUCCCCCGUUACACGCUGAAGCCGGGCGUAUUCACAUUCUACGCGCUCGCUGGGAAGGGCGCGUGUGUGAACGGGCAGUGCGCGCGGCAGGCCACGGCGUCGGUUACGAUCCGGAUCGUGGCGGGUUACACUAACCCGCCCAUCGGCCAGAUCCUUGUGCUGCAAGCGAUCAACCCAACACGCCCAGCGCGCUUCCAGGCUCAGGUGCUCGCUUCCAGCGGCGGACCGAUCGGUUACCGCUGGGUUUGUCAGAACCUUAACCUAACCAACCCCGAUAUCGCGACGACCGGGCAGCUGUCGCAGUACUUGGCGAUCAGCCCAGCGUUCCUGGAGCCGGGGUACUCGUAUACGGUCAUCGUAUACAUCACGGACGUGUAUACGGGGCUGGUCGGAACGGCUUCGUAUACCAUUCAGGUGCCACGUGGCCCGGUCUGCAACGCCCCCUCGCUCUGCCUCACGGUCACUCCCGCCCAGGGAUGGGACAACGGCCUGACGUCAUACACUGCGUCACUCGCCAGCUGGGCCACCGACUUCCCGCCCCUCAGUUACGAAAUCGGUUACGUCGACGACGACGGGUUAGAGAUCGCGCUCGUUUCCAACAGCCAGCUGCCGUCGUAUACGUUUGCGACGCUUCCCGCCGGGUUAGCGGCGAACAACGAUACGCGGACGGUGUACGCCUGCGUUUCGGACGCGUGGCUCUCGCAGAUUUGCGUCGCCGCGAGGGUGACAGUCAAGCACGUGGACGUCCCCCCCGGAGAGGUCACCGCCAGCUGUCUAAAUGCGCUCCAGGCCGCACUCGCAACCGGAGACCCCGUCGCAAUUCUCGCGGCCACUACCGCAUGCUCCUGCGGACUCAAUACGCUCCCCGUUCCCCCGAUCUACUUCCCGGAUCUGUCGCCAUCUCCUUCCCCCCUCCCCUCCCCAUCUAUGUCUGCGGAACCCUCUCCCUCUGCGUCUACGUCUCCCCCCCCAAGCCCGUCAACUUCGCCUCAACCCUCCCAAACCCCUUCCCCCUCCCCUUCAAUCUCAGCCAAACCCUCCCCCUCGGCGUCAAGUUCCGCUUCCCUCUCCCCCUCCCCUCCCCCUCUCCCUCGCUGUCAGCCCAGCCUUCCGUGUCCGCUUCGCCCAGCCCUUCCGUUUCCGCCGAGCCGUCCG